GCUACCAAAAGUUAGGCUCUGCCUCUCUCUGUAGCCCCAACUAUUCAUAUAUCCCUCGCAUCUCCAAUUCUUCUCUUCAGAACACCAACUACUCACACUAAACUAAACCUAAACGCAAAAUGUCCUCCGCGUCGCGCAUAACUAUUGCCACCAUAUUGCUAAUGACGACGCUCUAUGGAGUGUCGGUGUCGGCGCAGGAACCAGCGGAGGCUCCAUUUGCCAUGGGGCCAUCGGCGGUGGCGCCUUCGCCGGACUGUACGUCGGCCUUGUUUAACUUGUCCGACUGCUUGACGUAUGUGGAGAGUGGGAGCAACUUGACAGCGCCGGACAAGCCGUGCUGCCCGGAACUGGCGGGGCUAGUGGAUAGUAACCCGAUCUGCUUGUGUACGCUGCUCGGGAAAAAUGAAAUAUAUGGGGUGAAGAUUGAUCUGAAUAAGGCUCUCAAGCUUCCUUCAAUCUGUAAAGUCGAGACUCCUCCUCCUAGCUUGUGCUCACUUGUGGGAGUCCCAGUGGGAGGUCCAACGGCAAGUGAAGCACCAGGUUCAGUGGCAUCGCCGCCAGGAGGAUUUGCUGCAACCCCUUCUACCGGACGCGAUGGUAAUGGAGCUUCAAGCAUUGCCAUCCCUGCUCAAGCAUUUUUUAUUGGAUUAGCAAUUGUUUUGCUUCCAGCAUUGUUUUGAAUAUGACGCUCUGCUUUUCUGUGAUUCAUGAUCUUAUUAUGCUGUAACCUUCAAAUUCUAUACUCAAAUAACACCAAUAAUAUUUAUGUGGGAGUUCAUUUCUAAUUCAA